GCCGAUUAGAUUUGUAGUAAAGGAUUUCCUUCUGAAUACUAAAAUAAACCAGAACUUUUAUUAGUCGAAUCUUCAGCAAAAAUUAAUCCAGAUGUAAGAUUAGGAAAAUUUAAAUUAUGUGAAUAAAUGAAAGAAUAAUGUUUUAACUUUUAGUAUUUGCUUCCAGAUGAUACAUAAUUAUAAGCAGCAUUCAAAUAAUUUGGAAAAGAAUUUCCUCAUAUGUAUUAUAUACCUAGUUAUAAAGAAAAAUAAAAAAUUGUGAAGUUUAUUUAUGUUAAUUUGAAAAUUAAUCAACAGUUGGAGAUCUUAGAGUUUCUUUUUAAUAUGUUUUAUGUGGAAAUACAACAAUAAUUUCAAAAUAAAUAAAUAAUACAUUUGUGCCAUAUGUGAUAGAAGAUCAAUAUUAAUCAGAAAAGAGUUUACAUUCUGAUGAAUUUGAUUCAGAUUAAGGUUGUUGUACUGAUUCUUGGACCAGCAAAAUUGCUUAAUUUGCUAAAUCAGCUGAAAAACCAAUUUAAUAACUUUCAUGGAUUACAGAAGAUAUAUAAUCUUCAGAAUAAUUAUUCAAUUAAUAUUUUAUAAGAAAUUCUGAUUUAACUUAUUCAACUAGAAUAAAAUCUUUUUCAAUUAUGGUAUUUACAAUCUUAUAUUAAGGUAUUUGGAAUAACAAUAAUUUUAGAAGGAUUUUUUAAUUUAGGAUUACCACGAGAUAUUUAGUUUUUUAUUUUUGUUGGUAUUGGUAUGAUCUUUUCUAUACCUGUUUCUUUAAUUAUCGCAUUAUUAGCAUGGAUGAGAUAUCACUUAUUCUACACCUUAAUAAAUUGUUUAGGUUUAGCCAUCGUAUUUUCAUUAGUUGCAUUACUUUUGGGAGGCAUAUUUUAUUGAUAAUAAUAAUU